UUGGCUAUUUCCAGUAACAUAGUUUCUUCUCUCUCUGUAGCCUUGCUUCGUUGGAUUGGACCUCUCUCUCUCUCUCUCUGAUCGGAAUCGAGACUAAAAUCGCCGUCGAUCUAGCUAUCUCCAGCAACGACGCCCCUAUUGACUAACAUGGCUGGUAGAGCUGUCCACCAGUUACUGAGGGGGAGACUUCAAUCUCAGUCCAGUGCCCCUCCAAUUUUGUCAUCCCUUGUUUCAAAGAAAGAUCAAGAGGGAGCUGGAUCUGCUGGAAUGAAGUCCCUGAGAGCAUUUGCACUUCUUGGAGCAGGUGUAUCUGGGCUUUUGAGCUUCACAACAAUAGCAGCUGCUGAUGAGGCUGAACAUGGUCUACCUUGUCCAAACUAUCCUUGGCCUCAUGAAGGCAUUCUCAGUUCAUAUGACCAUGCUUCGAUCCGUCGUGGUCACCAAGUUUACCAGCAAGUCUGUGCUUCUUGUCAUUCAAUGUCCCUGAUUUCAUAUCGUGACUUGGCGGGUGUGGCAUAUACAGAGGAGGAAACAAAGGCUAUGGCAGCUGAGAUUGAGGUCGUUGAUGGGCCUAAUGAUGAGGGUGAAAUGUUUACUCGGCCUGGUAAACUGAGUGAUCGUUUUCCACAGCCAUAUCCAAAUGAACAAGCUGCCAGGUUUGCUAAUGGAGGGGCCUAUCCUCCAGAUUUAAGUCUUAUCACCAAAGCUCGUCACAAUGGUCAGAACUAUGUAUUUUCCCUUCUAACUGGUUACCAUGAUCCUCCUGCUGGUGUUUCAAUGGAUGUCAUUGUUGUGUUCCUGAGAGAUUUAUAUCAUGAUAGCAUCAGAGCUUUUGCCAUCUAUAAGUGUUUUUAUUUUUUUGGGGUCUGCAUUGAUAUUCUGUUAGACAUUAGUAGUUGGUGCAUUUCACUUUUUAGAUUUGGUGCAUUAAAAGUAGACUUUCGUGGUGAAUACGCAGAUUCAAAGGUAUGCUUAAGCAGAAGCUUUCAUUAGAGGCAUAAUAUACCCCCCAUCUGUUCUAUUGGUAGAACACUCCCAUGUGUUUGAAGGAUUGUUGGUGAAAAGAAUUGUUUGUCUUCAUACUGUUUCACUUAUUUCCUGAUUAACUUAUAUUUGGGUGGUUUUUUUUUUUUUUUUAAAUUAAUUGUGAAAGUUAGGAUAAUACACAAUAGGGUUAACCACCACAAGGUUGCUUAUAUUUUGAAAUUGUUUUUUCUGUAAAUUUGGGUAAUAUUUCUUUCCAUAAUCUGCCAAGUUGUAAUGGUA